AUGGCACCAGCCGCAGAACGCAUCGUCGCGAUUUCUUGUAUCAGCGUCGGGAUAGGCCCUCGCGGAGACACGGACAUGCUCGCGCGAGUGGCCAUCGUCGACUUCGCCGGGAACACGCUUCUCGACGUCUAUGUCGCGCCGACACACACGGUCACCGAUUUUCGUGAGGCGAAGACCGGCAUCAAGUCCGCCAACCUCUACUCCUCACGGGCGCAGAACAUCCGAGUCGUGUACCAGACCGUCUGCAGCAUUCUACGUAACAAGGUCGUCGUCGGUCACUGUCUCUGGCAGGACUUCAAUGUUCUCGGCGUCGCACAUCCCGCUAAGGACACCCGUGACACCGCCCUCUACCUUCCUUUUCGCACCACCCUUCGCACGCAACAGCAGGUCGGCCUGCAGACCCUCAACUAUCGCCUGCUCGGGCUACGGUGCUCCGAGCCAUAUGUUGACCCGUUGGAGAACGCCCGCGUCGCCCUCAACCUCUACCGCAGUUAUGCCGCCAACUGGGAGGCUGCCGUGUCCUCUCGCAACUGGCCUUGCGACCUUCCCCCCGGCCGUUACUCCACCAACUACAACUAGACGCCGCCCUCACCACCUAGAUUUAUCAUACACUGCGCCCCUACGUCUGGC